GUGACUUUUGAUGAUGACGGUUGCCAUAUAUGUGAGAUUUUGACAGUCGUGAUAUGUGCUCGACGAAAAUGCUCGCUGCCAUUUCAAGCUCCUGAAACUCGAUAGCAUGUAAUAUCUGGGAAAUACGAUAAAGAAAUUUCGCCAUUGAAACCGAAAACGUCUCUCGGCGUUAUUAAGAGCUGUAGAAAAAUGUGUCCGGGGAGCGAACUGUCUUGUGUGAGAGGUGAAAAUGCAUGGCGCUUUCCUCUGUCAUCGGGACUGCUUGGGUUUGUGUUAGGAUUGUCAACUUUUGGUGCAGCGAUGAAACUGUCAGAAUACAAGGACAGUCCUAGUCUUCCUCCGAUGAUAGCUGCAAUACCAGUAAGUACAACAACAAAUCAAUAACAAACGUGUUUGUCAAAUCCUUUGUGCACCGUAAUUAUAAAGAAUAAAUUGUAUUAAAACCAUUGUCAGGUUUAAAACGUCAAUGACGUUUCAUGGAGGUGUUUUCUUUAAAUUGAUCGAUUCUUGGACAGAUUAGUACUUAGGAAAUCAACGAAAGUUCUAUCGUACCAGUAAGUCUCUUUUAGACUCAGAAAUCAGCAAGCUGAAUUUAAGAGCUUUCGUGAGAAACAAAUAAACGAUCACAUAAGAGUAAAAACUUAUGUUUCUCAUCGAAUGUGAUAUUAGGUCACUAGAGCAAAAAUUAACUUCGAAUUAAGUAACGCGAAAUCAGUGAAAUUUCACCUGCUGAGUGGAAAUGGAAUCCAUAGAAUUAUAAAGAAUAAUGGAAGACUGCAAAGACAAGUGAAAGAAAAAAUGAAAUGUAAUAAAAACACAACGUCACGAGAUGUGCACAUUCCUGUUUCCUGAAAGAGGCAGUAAAGACAUGACAAUAAUAAGGUACGAUAAAUCAAAGGAGUGGAGUGUGGGAUGCAUGGGGACAAAAAUAUUCUGUAAUUUUUUUUUCUUUUUUUCUCUCUUAUCUAGAUGUUAGCUGCAGGGCUUUCAGGUAUGGUGGGAGGACGAAUGAGGAAACGUUGGCUGGUACGUAAACAUGUUUUGUAUUCUAUCGAAAAAGAAUUUCUUGGUAAUUCAGUUCCAACUGAAGUGCCCGGCAGGGAAUUCGAAGGGAGUGGAGACCUUUCCUUUAUGAGCUUCUUGGGAAUGCUCCGCCCAAAGAGCACAAUUUAUAAGCCGUUUCGGUCUGAAAACGCGUGUAGGUUUGACGAUGAUAGUGCGGCUUAAAUUAAAUUUUUUUUAAUGGGGCCACGAGUGAGUUUAAACAACUCCUAAUGAAUUAAAAGAGAAAGAGCAGCAACGAACAUAAAACAUUCGAGCUGAAUGUUUGAAUGAAUUCAUGACUUUGCCACUGAUGCGAGGCUUUAUUUCUCAGUUCUACAAAGCUUAAUGGUUUUGCAUAUCCAUUAAAAUUUCAAGUACCAGCUCUCUAAAAACUGAUACAGAAUACGGCACGCUAUGAUUUGAAAUUAGGGUCACGAUUUCAGAAACUGAGCUGCACCUUUGCAUUAAGAAUUCAUGGCGGCAACCCAUUUCCCUUCAACUUAACAACCACGAAAUUUCCAUAAGAAAUUACCCAUAAAUAAAAAGAAUGAGCCAUUUUAGCCUGGUUGAUAGAUGCUUCAAUAGAUAGAGUUUGAGUGUGUAAAAUAUACAAGCCUAUAGUGAAACCCAGGUCGGAUCGUUUCUGUAAUCUGAAGGGCCCAGUUGUAUAUAGGGCGGAUAGCAAUAUCCAACGGAUAAAUCGCUAUCCAGCGGAUAAGUGAUGGCGAAACGUAUAGCGUUAUCUACCGGAUAGAGAUUUAUCUUAGCAGUGGAUAGCGUUAUCCGACCUUACAACAACUGGGGCCUAGUGUUUAAGUCCUCGAAGAGGAAAAUGACUAAUAGGAACCCAUUCCGGAAUCAUAACCCCGCAGCCCGAUACUCGCUGCCCUUCCCCCCCCCCUUAUUACCGCUUGCAUGACUUAAAUCCAACGUGUUUAUCAAUGUUUAUGUAGCCAAUAUCACUUGACUGGUUUACGCGUUCGCUUUCCUUUUUUUUUUCUUCACUGACUUGUGUCAUAAUUGCAAUGAAAGAGGGAAGAAGCAAAGACAAUACGUACGUAUGCAACCCUACUGUCCUUCUUUCCACAGAUUUCGCUGCACAUGGGUCUUUGUUUGGUUACAGGAGUCUUUGGUCUUCAUCUUAUGUUCCUUUUCAUGGGGAGAGAGGUUAAAUCAAGAAAUAUUUAUAAGGCUAAAUGUCUUUCCAACUACCAGGGAUCUUGUAAGCUCACUUCAUUCUUGUUGUACGUUGCGUUUAUGUAAUCUAAAAACUGGACUGACACCGCAUAUUACUUGUGGUGGAGGAGCUAUAGGUGGUUUCCUUAUAAAACAAACUAGUGAUAAGUCUAGGGCGGCGAUGUCGACUGGAACAUGGAAGUGUAAAAACAUGGCAAAACUUUUCUUGCCUAGGUUAAACUGAGUCUUUGUGUCUCUGUUCCUCCUCCGGCACUAGACGUUACUUUGCUGCUCAUUACUUAUUAAACUCUUCUAUCGCCUUCUCUGUCUAUGAAUGUUAAAUACGCAGCUCUGAUAUCGUUAAAUAUCGUUUAAGCACGAACAAUAAUCAUAUGAUGCAUAUGUCCUGUUUCAGAUUACUGCCACAGAUACGCUACAACUGUUGCUAUGUCAGGACUAUCUGUUCUAGCGAUUACGUUGGCUCCUUUGGGAAUUUUAUCAUAUGCCGUCAUCAGGCAAAUAUCUGCGUAUAACGUCAAUGAAGUCCAGGUAAGUAACGGUAAACAUCUAAUUACCAUAAAAGCUUUGAUAUGUUCUCCUCUCUAUCGAGUCUCCUUCUCAAUUAACUUGAUUUUUCUGAGGUAAAAAAAAAUUUUAGAGAUUGAUACAUCUCUACCCGCUGAUCUAUCCCUACGACACGACCAUCAACUUCUUCUUUUUAACAUUUUUAACGUUGUUUUUCUAUUUUUUAUUUCCAAUAUUCCAAAGGAAGCAAAUAAUCCAGCCUUUGAACCCGAACUAUCUCCGACUAAGACAACAAAUGAAGACCAAGUAGAACAUCAGCAUCAACAAUUUUUUGAUAGAGCUGCAAAUCAUCCACGUAAAACUGAGCCUAAACCAGAGAAUCAACGACUAGCAAACCUUAAAAACUCACAUGGUGAUGAGCGUCUUCCACCCAAUCUCAGAAAACCGUACGGUAGUGAUCUGGUAACUACUAAUUCGUCUCAAAAUAAAGUGCGGAAUCACCGAUUUCUUCACCAUAAGAAGCCGCAUGACGAUAUGCGACUUCCGCCCAAUCAGCGACCACCUUACCGGGGUGAUCAGGUAGGAAUUCCUAAACCUAGUGCUCAGUCUAAACCGCCGCAGAAUCUGGGUCCACUUCACCAGAAAAACUCACAUGGCGAUAAACGACUUCCGCCCAUCCACAAGCAGUCGUUACGUAACAAUUGGGCAGAAAAUCAGCCAUCUAAAACUGAUCCUAGACCGCAGAAUCACCGAGCACUUUACCAUAAGAACUCUCAUGACAAUACGCGAUUUCCUCCCAGUUACAAACAACCUGACCAUGGCAAUCGAGAGUCAAGUGAACCUCGCAAAGGUGAAUCUCAACCCAAGAAUCUCCGACCACCUCAUAACAAAUAUAAACAUGGCGAUGCGCAACUCACAGACAGAGACGUGAAUCGCAGACAGCCUUUCGAACACAGACCUUCCCGUGACCUCAUGAGGUACAGUAGGCACAUAUGUCAGCAGCAAAACAUGAAUCAAGUUUCCAGAGCACCAACGACACGGUUUGGACAAAGUCACGUGCCAUUGGCCAGUGGCAGAGUAGUGAAAGGUAUAUCGAACACGACAGAUAGCUCGUCUGCAUAAAAGGGUGUGUAAAUUGCCAAACUUUUGUACAACGCACAAAUCGAAUACAUGAUGUAGAGGCUAUGAGCUCGCUCGCUUAGGUCAAUAAAAGUCACUUCGCUAACGUUUCGUCAGGAAACACAGGGCGCAGAAAGACUUUUAGCACGUUUCGAUAUAAGAUGAUGAUAUACUCCAUUUUUUUUCAUCUCUUCAGCAUUCAUAAGCAUUCUUGCCAUCAUCAAUUUUUUUACACCCAUUUUAUUGCUUAUGCAACCAUUCCUGUAAAUGGUUAUGCGAAUAAAUUUCUGAUGUCGUCGUUAAAAGGAAAGAACAAAAUAAUUUGAUUGACCUGCCUCUUGCUACUCACCAUUUCUGAACUUGACGUACACAAUUCAAAGCUUUAAAUAGACAAUGGCAAACUGUUCGUUCAUAAAUUAGCAGCCUACGUUAAGUAUUGUUGUAAUGAGUUUUUAUAAGUUAAGGUUCAAGGUCUCUCAUUUUUCAUCUCGUGAAUUAAGUUCAAGGUUAUUCAAAGUUAAACCCUUACAAGGAGUUCCUUGAUUUUAACUGUUUUGACUUAGAGUCGGAGUGCCAUUUUUUUUUAGUGAACAUGUCUUCGAAAUUGACACUGACCUUGGACCUCAUCCACACGAGUGUUCCUGUUUGGGUUUCCAGUUCAAUUUUGUAGUCUUACCAUUCGAAUAACAUCAGCUGUAUACUUUUUUGGUUGAUCACAUAGCCAGUUUGUUUUCACGCAUUGUUUUAAAAAAACAGGAAGCGUAGGAAGAGUUCUCACGCCCGGAAAACCCGAACACGUCUACAAUUUAGAUACCUUAGGAAACCACAAAUUGGUUACUUUUCACCUAUGUAGUUGUAGAUGUGAGAGGCGGAAUUAUUUUGAGUAUUGAUUAGCCAAAAAAAUGAACGUUGCCAGCGUCGGUGCGCAAGGAGAAGAGUAAAUAGACAGGUACAGAUCCUUGAUCCUUUCAGCUAAAUGUAAAAUGCUCGGGAUUUCCCCCCAAAAGCGUAAAAAAUCAGUGGGACGUAUGAUUACGAAAUUAAGCUCUUUCAAAUGAAAACUCUUAAUUAAUUUCCACAAAGGUGUUUUUGGGGAUCUUUGUAAUUUAAAGAAAAUGUUUAAUUAGCUAGAUGACCAGGGUGUAGCUAAUGG